CCCAACUGGCAGGGACAGCUGCGGACAGAGGCCGCACCAGCUUUGUUCCCAGGGUGGCGCCCGCUCCCCUUGCAGGCCCUGCGCCGGCUCCAAGCAACGCUGCUUUCCUUCCUGGGCAGCAGCAUGGUGAGUCCCGCGCCAUGAGCGCCUAGAGGCCCAGAGCCACCAGGGUCUCCUCCGCUUGGGGCGCAGGGCUCCAGGAGGAUGGGGCAGGACCAGACGAAGCAGCAGAUCGAAAAGGGGCUCCAGCUGUACCAGUCCAACCAGACGGAGAAGGCGCUGCAGGUGUGGAUGAAGGUGCUGGAGAAGAACACCAACCUGGUGGGGCGCUUCCGCGUGCUGGGCUGCCUGGUCACAGCCCACUCCGAGAUGGGCCGCUACAAGGAGAUGCUGAAGUUCGCCGUGGUGCAGAUCGACACGGCUCGGGAGCUGGAGGAUGCCGACUUCCUGCUGGAGAGCUACCUGAACCUGGCACGCAGCAACGAGAAGCUAUGCGAGUUUCACAAGACCAUCUCCUACUGCAAGACCUGCCUUGGCCUGCCGGGCACCAGGGUGGGUGCCCAUCUUGGAGGCCAGGUCAGCCUGAGCAUGGGCAACGCCUACUUGGGCCUCAGCCUCUUCCAGAAGGCCCUGGAGAGCUUCGAGAAGGCCCUGCGCUAUGCCCACAACAAUGACGACGCCAUGCUGGAGUGCCGCGUCUGCUGCAGCCUGGGCAGCUUCUAUGCCCAGGUCAAGGACUACGAGAAGGCCCUGUUCUUCCCCUGCAAGGCUGCAGAACUCGUCAACGACUAUGGCAAAGGCUGGAGCCUCAAGUACCGGGCCAUGAGCCAGUACCACAUGGCUGUGGCAUAUCGCCUGCUGGGCCACCUGGGCAGUGCCAUGGAGUGUUGUGAGGAGUCUAUGAAGAUUGCACUGCAGCACGGUGAUCGGCCGCUGCAGGCACUCUGCUUGCUCUGCUUUGCCGACAUCCACCGGAGCCGUGGGGACCUGGAGACGGCCUUCCCCAGGUAUGAUUCCGCCAUGAGCAUCAUGACUGAGAUUGGAAACCGCCUGGGGCAGGUGCAAGUGUUGCUGGGUGUGGCCAAAUGCUGGAUGGCCAGGAAGGCACUAGAGAAGGCUCUGGAUGCCAUCGAGAGAGCCCAGGACCUGGCCGAGGAGGUGGGGAACAAGCUAAGCCAGCUCAAGCUGCACUGUCUGAGCGAGAGCAUCUACCGCAGCAAGGGGCUGCAGCGGGAGCUGCGCGCCCAUGUGGUGCACUUCCACGAGUGUGUGGAGGAGACUGAGCUCUACUGCGGCCUGUGCGGGGAGUCCAUCGGUGAGAGGAACAGCCGGCUGCAGGCCCUGCCCUGCUCCCACAUCUUCCACUUCAGGUGCCUACAGAACAACGGGACCCGGAGCUGCCCCAACUGCCGUCGCUUGUCCAUGAAGCCUGGCUUUGUGUGACCCAAGCUGCCAUCUUGGGCUUCCCCCUCACCUCCCCCAGCUACUUCCACUAUCACGCUGGAGGCCC